UCCUGCGUGAAGACAUACCCUCGAUCUGCAGACUAUGCGCGCAGGUUCAGGAGCAGAAGUCUCUGUGGCACUUCGUGGGUUUCAUAAGCAACACACUUUAGUUGUUUAUACAAAGCGUAAAGUGUCCAGUUCUCAUCCUGACAGCACCAUGGACGAAGUACGGGACAACAUGACACACUUUUGGAGGACACACUCUCAAAAUGCCACGUUGGAAGAGAUGAUGUUGGACACACACGCUCAGGAGCUGACAGAACAAGAACUGCCGGAGAUUCUGUCCAUGCUGCCGAGUCUGGACGGCUGCAGAAUCCUGGAGCUAGGAGCGGGUAUCGGUCGCUACACACGACACUUGCUGACCAGGGCUAAACAUGUGACCGCUGUGGAUUUUAUGGAUAACUUUGUGGAACGUAAUAAACAGGAGAACGGUCACCACAGCAACGGCACUUUCCUCCAGGCCGAUGUCACCAAGCUUGAAAUGCCCCAAAACAGUAUUGACUUCAUCUUCUCCAACUGGCUCCUGAUGUAUCUGAGUGACGAGGAGCUCCAGCGUCUCACAGAGAAGAUGUUGGGCUGGCUGCGGCCUGGAGGAUUCCUCUUUUUUAGAGAGUCCUGCAACCAUCGCUCAGGUGACUUUCAGCGUGAGUUUAACCCAACGUGCUAUCGCACAGAAGCACAUUACACUCAACUCAUCACUUCAGCUCAACUGAAGGACCAGGACAGCGUGCAGGCGUUUGGUUUUGACAUUAUAAUGAAGAAACAGGUCCAGACCUAUAUCAAGAUGAAAAACAACCCAAAUCAGAUAUGUUGGCUUCUCGAGAAAGUGCAAAGAUCUUUAAAUGGAACGGGCCAUUUCAGAACUUUCCAGCAGUUUUUGGAUCAUAAACAAUACACUCGCAACGGCAUCCUGCGCUACGAGAAGAUGUUUGGUGCUGGGUAUGUCAGCACAGGCGGCCCCACUACAACUAAGGAAUUUGUGGAUUUGUUAGAGCUGAAGCCUGGUGAGAAAGUUUUAGAUGUGGGUUGUGGGAUUGGAGGUGGAGAUUUCUAUAUGGCAAAGACUUUUGGAGUAGACGUCCUUGGCUUGGACUUGUCAGAAAACAUGGUGGAUAUCGCCCUGGAAAGAGCCUCUCUGGAACAUCUACCAUCUGUUCAGUUUGAGGUGUCUGAUGCCACUAAAAGGACUUUCCCUGAGGAAUCAUUUGACGUCAUCUACAGCAGAGACACUAUCCUCCAUAUAUCUGACAAACUGGCCCUUUUUAAGCGAUUCUUUUCAUGGUUAAAACCUGGGGGACGCCUUCUGAUCAGUGACUACUGUUGUGGGGAGAAACCUUGGACUUUGCCGUUUGAAGCCUACGUCAAACAGAGAGGAUAUAUAUUGUACACACCAGUGGAGUAUGGCAAGUUUAUUGAGAAAGCCGGUUUCUCUGAGGUACGAGCAGAAGACAGGACCAGCCAGUUCAUCCAAGUGAUUGAAGAAGAGCUUCAAAAAGCACGAAAACUCAAAGAGGAGUUUAUCCGGGAAUUUUCAGAAGAGGACUAUUAUGCCAUUGUAAAAGGGUGGCAAGAAAAGCUGGAGCGGUCCAAGAGUGGAGAUCAACGAUGGGGGCUUUUCCUUGCAAAGAGGAAAUGAGAUUAAUUUAUGUAGCCUAAAUAAACAAAUAAAUUAUCCAACAUA